AUGAAUAGGCUGCUGGUUCAGAAGGCAACAUCAUCAAUAACAACACCAUCAACACCACUCAACAAGGUUGCCAGAGAUAAACAUAUAGCCCAGGAUGCCCAUAGUAUAGAGGGCUGGGCGUCAGCCUCAUCUGCUGUGAAGUGGUCUACGCCAAGGAAGGUGAAGGACCUAGGGGACCAACUACACAUAUUCAGCCAACUAGAACAAAACAUCGCCACACAACGCCAGCUCUUCAGGAAGGUAAAAAAAGGCUUCCAAGAGCAGUCCUUUGCCCUAGCUACCGCCCAGCAAAAGAUAGAGCUUCUAGAGGCCAAGGUUGCCAACACUGCUAGCAGGAAGAGGAAGGCUGUUCAGUUGGACCCAAAUACGAAGUUUGCGACAAUCAAAGAGAUACGGCAAGCCCAGAUUGAGGCUGGCGAAGCUGAAAAUGAUUCAGAUGAAUCCAGCGCAUCUGAAUUACCCAUUGAGGCCGAAAGUUGCAUUAUUAUGGCUUCAAGAGGUAGUUGA